GAACUGGCCUAUAGUGGAGGAGAGGAGGUGCUUUGAGAGGAGGAGACUGCUUUGAGCACCUCACAUCACUGCGAGCUCCUGAACACGCAACGCCUCGCAGUAACUUCUAGGAUCUGCGAGAUUUCCACCGCAUGUUCGUGGUUAUUUUAACGAAACGUUCCGCGAUUUGUCUGCAUUCGCUAUUGGAUUAACAACACGAUGUUCGCUCGUCGAGUUGGCGUAUGAUCGUAUUGAAGUAUCGCUCACAUCCCGCAGGAUAUUCAUGUUUUUAAAGCUACUGAGGACGCGGUGGAUCCACUGACGGGGGUCAGGACGCGCGCGCUGGAGGAGGACGCGAAGGGGAUUUAAACCCCAUUCCUUUCCGCGCUGUCAGUAACCGAAGUGGCCUGUGGAUUUGUCAUAUUAGCUGGAUUUUAAAAAGCCACCCCGUUUCUGAGUGGAAAACUAGGACAGAGCGAGCUGCAGUCCUCACAAAGGCGCUCCACGCAGCGAGCGCGCGGCGUUUCUUUCUUUCUUUUUCUGUGUGUGGAGGACAAAACUGGCGUGUAGUUUGCGUGUAGAUUGAGAGUUCAUUUGUGAGAUUUAGUCUGGUUUUGUGUUAUUUUAAGAUAUGGGCAGCAUUUUGCAUAUUUGGCAUAGAAAGUUAUAAAUUAUUUUUAAAACCGCACCCCCCCACACACACUAUCUUUAUAACAAACUUCACUCAUAUAGCAGUAGAUGAUUUUCUCCGUAUAAUUCAACUGUGUGCGUGAAGCUGAAAGUGUUUUUCUCUCAUGACUUGGUGGCUUCCCCGUGCGAUUGUUCUUUCCUGAUGGGUGCCAGACCCAGCUGACGACUCUUGAACCUUUGCACCGUUUGUCCAUCUCUGUAAACAGUCCCCAGUGAAGCGCGCGUGACUCCACGAUGGAGCUCUUCUCCAGGAAUGUGUGCGCGCUCUGGAUUAUGGUCCUGCUGGAGUUCCUGCUCGAAACUGUGGCGGAUGAAGAAGUCCUGAUGAAUACGAAGACAGAAACAUCAGAUCUGAAGUGGACAACAAACUCUGGCUCUAAACCUGAGUGGGAGGAGAUCAGCGGUCUAGAUGAGGAGAGCAACAGCGUGAGGACCUAUCAGAUCUGCCAGGUCGACGGCUCGUCCAGUCACUGGCUGCGCAGUAAGCUGAUCGAGCGCCGAGAGGCAUCGCAGGUGUACGUGGAGCUGAUGUUCACCAUGAUCGAAUGCUCAUCGCGAACCACGCACCACCGAUCCUGCAAAGAGACCUUCAACCUUUACUACUACGAGAGCGACACGGAUGAUGCGACUGCAACCCACCCGGCAUGGAUGGAGAACCCCUAUACCAAGGUCGACACGGUGGCUGCGGACUUCCUGCUGCGCAAAGGUGGAGAGAAGAAGUUUAAUGUCAAAACGCUGCGUUUGGGCCCUUUGACCAAACGUGGAUUCUACUUGGCGUUUCAGGCCCAGGGCGCCUGCAUGGCACUUCUAUCUGUGCGUGUCUUUUUUAAGAAGUGUCCGGCUCUCACACGCUCACUAUCCGUCUUCCCGGAGACUGUUCCACGCUCGCUGGUCCAGGAGGCUGUGGGCCAGUGUGUGGCCAACGCAGUGCAGCCUGGACCCAAUCCCAGACCGCCCAAGAUGUUCUGCGGGGAAGAUGGACAGUGGGUGGACCAGCCCACCACCACCUGCACUUGCCUGCCGGGCUUCGAGGCCAGCCAUGGAGAUAUGGAGUGUAGAGUGUGUCCGGUGGGUCGUUUUAAGAUGGGAUCUGGUCCUGGCCCGUGUUCAGUGUGUCCUGACUCCAGUCACACAGGAGAGACGGGAUCCGCCUCAUGUGGGUGUCGCCCUGGUUUUUACCGGGCCCCUGCCGACAGUCCAGAUACACCCUGCACACGUCCGCCUUCGUCCCCGCGCAGCCCUGUUCCCCAGGUCAAUGACACGUCUCUCACGCUGGAGUGGAGUGAACCGUUAGACAGUGGGGGCCGAUCGGACCUCACCUACAGUGUGGAGUGUCGAAUGUGCCCGGCCCCUGGGGUCCCCUGCGCGCCAUGCGGGGACGGUGUGAAUUACCGGCCGUCCCAGACUGGGAUCCAGGGCCGGCGCGUGAGCAUUUGGGGUCUCCGACCUCACACCACCUACAGCUUCACCGUGAUGGCCCUCAACGGGGUCUCUCCUCUGACCCUGCUGGGGCCCGCGGGGGACACCAUCAACAUCACCACCAGCCCCAACGUUCCUGUACUGGUGUCGGGUUUGAGGAAGAUCGCAGCCACAGAAUCCAGCCUGACGCUGCACUGGAACACACCGACCCAAUCACACUACAGGAUCCUCCAGUACCAGCUGCGCUACUGUGAGAAGGAGCGCGGCUCUGAGGAGAACUCCUGUCAUUAUAUGGAGAGUAAUCUCAACGAGGUGGUGUUGAGUGAUUUGCGCAGAGCGACGCAGUACGAGGUUCAGGUCCGCGCUCGCACCUUGACCGGCUACGGUAGCUUCGGUCAGGCUGUCGUCUUUCGGACCCUUCCUGACGAAGAUGAUUCCUCAUCUCCGCUGCUUGUUACCGGGAUCCUGAUAGCCACGGGCAUGCUGCUGCUCAUCAUCGUCAUUGCUGCUGCGAUCUGCUGUAUAAGGAAGCAAAGUCAUUUUAAAAAUUCAGAAAUGAGUGACAAAAAUGGCCAGUAUCUCAUGGGUCACGGAGUGAAAGUUUACAUUGAUCCAUUCACUUACGAAGACCCUAAUGAGGCCGUGAGAGAGUUUGCUAAGGAGAUUGAUGUCUCGUGUGUCAAAAUCGAGGAGGUUAUUGGAGCAGGUGAGUUUGGAGAAGUCUGUCGUGGACGGCUGAGGAUUCCGGGGAAGAAGGAGAACUAUGUUGCCAUUAAGACCCUUAAGGGUGGAUACACAGACAAGCAAAGGCGGGACUUCCUGUCCGAGGCCUCAAUCAUGGGCCAGUUCCAGCACCCCAACAUCAUCCACCUGGAAGGCAUAAUAACAGCCAGCACCCCGGUCAUGAUCCUCACCGAGUUCAUGGAGAACGGCGCUCUGGACUCCUUCCUGAGACUCAACGAUGGCCAGUUCACUCCGAUACAGUUAGUCGGGAUGCUGCGCGGCAUCGCGUCCGGAAUGAAAUAUCUCUCGGAAAUGAGCUAUGUGCAUCGUGAUCUUGCCGCACGGAACAUUCUGGUGAACAGUAACCUGGUCUGCAAGGUGUCCGACUUCGGCCUGUCGAGAUUCCUGCAGGAGAAUUCGUCUGAUCCCACGUACACCAGCUCACUGGGUGGAAAAAUUCCGAUCCGUUGGACAUCACCCGAGGCCAUUGCUUUCCGUAAAUUCACCUCUGCAUCAGAUGUGUGGAGUUACGGCAUCGUCAUGUGGGAAGUGAUGUCGUUCGGAGAGCGGCCAUACUGGGACAUGAGCAACCAGGAUGUGAUUAAUGCGAUUGAGCAGGAUUACCGGCUGCCGCCGCCCCCCGACUGUCCCACGCACCUGCACCAGCUGAUGUUGGACUGCUGGCAGAAGGAGCGGACGGCACGGCCACGCUUCUCCAACAUCGUCUCAGCGCUCGACAAGCUCAUUCGCAACCCUGCCUCGCUUAAAAUCACCGCGCAGGAGGGGGCAGGACCCUCUCACCCUCUGUUAGACCAGCGCUCCCCUCUGACGCCCGCGACCUGUGGGACGGUGUCUGAUUGGCUCAGGGCCAUUAAGAUGGAGCGCUACGAGGAGAGCUUUCUGCAGGAGGGUUACACAUCUAUGCAGCUGCUCGCCCACAUCACCACAGAGGAUCUGCUGCGUUUGGGAAUAACUCUGGCUGGUCAUCAGAAGAAGAUCCUGUCCAGCAUCGAGGCUCUUGGGAUUCAAAACCAAACUCCAGGGAGUGUGCUCUACUGAGUGCAGCGUCCACACACACACACACACACACACAUGCUGAGUUUGCCUGAGAACUUGGUGUAACCUACACACUCACAAUCAGGAACAUUUGUACUUCAUUUUUUACCGGGUCACUUAAGGGUCAGGAUGGCUUACUUGCUUCCAAGACUACCUAAAGGAAACCAGUCCAGGAACCUGCAUCCCACUAAUAUUACAAAGCGUUAUUUGUGAUAUCAAGCGGCUCUCGUAGAGAUGUUAUCCCCAUCAUUUCAAGGAAAGACGUCUCUUUCUCAAUGCAAAGACACUGAUGAAGUAUUUCCAUUUUUGUAGAGUAUUUUUCUAAAGGAGACUUUCAUACUGAAGAGACGGGCAGAGGAUAUGCAGCAAAAGAUGAGAACUAUAUCAGGAGAAUUUGGAUACAAGUAUCAGAUCACAGACUGUGUGCGAACGCUCACAUGCUCACACACACUAAGUGCCAAGUAAUUGGUAUCUUGUUUAAAAUGAUGCACUCAGUGUGUGAGUGUGUGUGUGAGCUGCAAUAAGAAAAACGAGCACAAAAGUCGUAGCACUUUUUUUUUUCUUCAAAGAGAAUGAGGCAGAUGUUUCUUUGAUGGUUAAAAUAUGCGAAAUGUAUGUGCUUACACACACACACACACACACACACACACACACACGUUUAGACUGCAACACUUGACUGGCACUAAAAAGAGACCAAAUAAAAGAAUGUCUGUUGUUUAAUGAGUCGCCGAAAGACUCUGAAUGUGUGCCAUACUGUUUAGUUUAUUACGGGAAUGUUGUGCUGGUUUGAAGCUGGUGUCCAUCAUCACCUCACCACUCAAGAUCCAGAAGCCACCCUCUCGUCCCACGCAAGGGAUUGUGGGUAGGAGGAUUUGGUCUUCACAUUGGAGACCCAAAAGAACAAACCAGGGACUUUUAUUGUGUUGCCUCUUUUUUUAAUUUGUAUAAAUUUAUCUUGAUUUAUGUAAAAGGAUUAAUUUUCUUUGUCAGUGUAAUCUAUGUUUCUGUUACAAUAAAGAUAUACAUUCAGUC